UCAGUUGGAGCCUCAGUAACAACAGCCUCAACAACUGGAGCUUUUACGACUAGAGCAUCAGCAGCUGGAGCAUCAACAACAGAAGCCUCAGCAAUUGGAGCCUCAACCACAAGAGCCUCGACAACUGGAUCCUCAACAACAGGAGCCUCAACAACUGAAACCUUGACAACUGGAGCCUCAACAACAACCACAGUCUCAGCCUCAGCAGUGAGAGUCUCAGCAGCAAGAGCCUCAGCAUCAGUUGGAGCCUCAGCGGUGAGAGUCUCAGUAGCAAGAGCCUCAGCAUCAGUUGGAGCCUCAGUAACAACAGCCUCAACAACUGGAGCUUUUACGACUGGAGCAUCAGCAGCUGGAGCAUCAACAACAGGAGACCCA